AUGUCCAAAUCACAAUACCGAGAUGACGAGGAUGCCAUCCCCUCAUACGAAGAAAGUGUCCGAUCAUCCACCACACAGGCACCACCCUACAACAUGAGACCCGACGUGGCGGCACCACUGCACCGUCAUCUAGAUGCAAGUCGAGUCCAGCGCGUUCAUUCUCUCCUCGAACAGUAUGUCGAUCCACUUCUUGCUGAGCAAGGGUCUUCAGGAUUAUACAAAACCACCUUUAUUUUCAUUCCUUCCAAUGUCACGUCCCUACAGCCCAGAGAAAAGACUAGCUACUCCACGCCUAAGGCGCCAGAACCGGUCGGGUUUCCUACUUCCACGGUGGUGAAGCUUGUUCAGUUGGAGGGCGAGGCACAUACGAUGGAGUUCUGGAGACAGCCGGCCGUGUUGCGGGAAUUGGAGUCCUCGCUUCGGGCAAGGCUUGCGGCGAGUGGUCAUCAUGUUGAGGGGCAGGAUGAGAAUGAGAUCCCCACAUCUGCUAAAGAGACUCAAUCGCUAAAGUCGAAUAAAGAAAGUAAGCCUAAGCAGAAGAAGUCGCUCUGGGGUAGACUCACGGGAACCUCUGAGGCUGUUAUUGUGGACCGAAAGCUGGGCUGGCGUGCCGAACCUGAAGAGACGACCGGUCGCAAAUUGUCCAGGGACCAGGUCAGGGCUGUCGUGGAGUGGAAGGAGGUCUGUUUGCGCGUGGAGAAUGACCUUGGUCUAUAUGAUAAUUGUAACGCACCGGGGAUUUGUCUCUCUGUGGAGGUUGGGGAGUAG